ACGAUAAUCUGGCAAUGUUGCUCCCCGCCCGAACACUAUUAUUGACUCGCUCGCCGCGCCAUUUUGUGCCUGAGAGGGAGAUCCUGUCAUUUCUUCAGGCAAUUUCGCACAUUAAUGGGAAUUCCAAGCAAGGAUCUGGUGCCGUGAGACAAGAUGGAGCACCUCCAUGGUGUAGUGGUUAGUGCGACUAGCUGUGAAUCCGCAGACCUUGGUUUGAAUCUGGGCUGGGGCAGUCGCAGCACAGCCCACCCAGCUGUUCCUAUCAAGCUACAGGGCCAGGGCCUUGGUCUUACUGAGAUGAUCAACGCCAUGGCUGCCCAGCAACACAUGUACACAGCGGCUGCAGCAUAUGGUAGUUUAGAGGCUGCAGCGUAUGCCCAGUAUCCACAGUAUGUAACACAAUCAUCCCUGUUGCAGGGUGCAUACAUUGCCUCAGCCCCAGCCCCAGGUGGUGCACGAGGCCAUGGUCGCAGCAGCCUUGACCCCUACGAUAGUUACGCUGCUGCUGCCUAUGAACCUGAGCCCCCGCGCCACCGUGAACGCCGGGACAGGGAUGACCGCCGCAGAGACAGAGACAGGGAUAGGGACCGGGACAGGAGGGACAGGGACCGGGACCGCAGAGACAGGGAUCGGGACCGAGAUCGCGACAGGGACAGGGACCGUGACAGGGACAGAGAUAGAGACAGAGACCGUGAUCGCUGGAGGGAUGAUGACAGGGACCGCAGUCCUCGCCGAGACCGUGAUCACAGGGAUUACCGAGACUACGACCACCACCGAGACCACUAUGAAGAGGAACGAACAGAUUAUAAGUCACAACCUCCAAACAAUACCAUCAUGGUGCGAGGACUGGCACAGCACAUCACAGAAAAUGAUAUACGAGCAGAUAUCUUAGCCUGUAACCUCAUGCCAAAAGAUAUCCGACUCGUCAGGAAGAAAGAAUCAGGUGCAUCAAGAGGCUUUGCCUUCGUGGAGUUUACGACGGUACAUGACGCCACACGGUGGAUGGAAGCCAAACAGGGUGUCCUCAUUCUGCAAGAUGUGUAUAGAGCAACACUGCAGUAUUCGAUUCCAAAGGAGUCAUCGGAGAGACAGUCAAAAGCAUCACAAGAUUGGUUUUGUAUCAGAUGUGGUGCUCACAAUUUCAAGCGAAGAGAUUCCUGCUUUAAAUGCUCAGCUCCUCGACAUGAGUCAGAAGCUGGAGAAGAGGGCAGUGAUGAAGUAUGCACCUACCCAACCAACACACUACUACUCCGUGGACUGGAUGUGCUGAGCACGGAGGAGAGUGUGUUACAAGGGAUUCAGCAUGCUGGCAGUGACCUGCCCAUUCGGUCAGUGCGCAUUGGCAGGGACCCGCUCACCAACACGUCCAGGGGAGUCUGCUACAUUGAACUGAACUCUGUGCUUGACUCAAUGCAGCUUCAUAAUAAGCUUGCUCAUUCUCCCCCCACUAUUGACAAUAAACAGGUGACCAUAUCGUACUGCAAGCUGAACCAGAAUAAUGGAAAUAAUAAUAAUUCAGGCAAUAAUUGGUCAAGCCAGCAGCAGCAACAGCAGUACCACCAACCAGCAGAAUACACUGCAGGGGCUGACAUUAAGCAGCUUGCAGAGUACAGUGCCUCCCUGUAUGCACAGACUCCUGAGGAACAUGCUUCCUAUGUACAAUACUACACUAUGUACUACCAACAGCAGGCGCAGGCAUACCAGCAAAACCAGCAGCAACAAGGGAGCUCUAACCAGUCAGACUCAGUCAAUGCUGCAGCAGCUGUUGCUCAGUCUGCCUUACAAGCAAUGCAUCAGAAGUCAGCAGCCUCAACUGCAUCAAGUGCAGCGGCUGCUGCUGCUGCUGCCGCCGCCGCUGCUGCUGCUGCUGCAGCUGCUGCAGCUUCACAGAGUACUGCAAGCACAGCCACCACUACCACCACCACCACCACCUCAGAGCAGACAGCUACAACAACCACAACUACGUCCACAAGCUCUGAAGGUGCCCAAACACAGAGUGGGGAUUAUCCCACUUACCCUGCUCCUGAUGUAAGCACUUAUCAGUAUGAUGAAACGUCUGGCUACUACUAUGACCCUACCACAACCCUCUACUAUGAUGCCAGCAGCCAGUACUACUACAAUGCAGAAUCUGGCCAGUACUUGUACUGGGAUGCAGAAAAGUCCACCUACCUACCAGCUCCCAUUGGUGAAGAUGGUCAUAUGGGCAAGAAGGGAGACAAGAAGGAGAAGGAAAGAGAUAAGCAAGACAAGGUCAAAGUAGCCAAGAAAAUAGCCAAAGAUAUGGAGAGGUGGGCCAAAGCUCAGAAUAAAAGGAAUGAAAGUUCUGUAGGCAGUAAAGUUGCUUUAGCUGAACCAGCAGGAGGAGCUAAGGGUGAAGGAGGGGGCACAGGAGCUGCUGAUGCUGCCUUCGCUGUCUUACUGGAACGCAGGGAUCGAGCUGCUCUAGUGGAAAAGCAAGCACAGGUGUUCCAUAUGCACAUGAAGAAGGAAGCUCCCCCUGUGUUAGCUGGGCUGAAGAAGUCUGGCCUAGUAGCAGCCUACGGAGGUGAAGGUAGUGACAGCGAGGAAGAAGGUGCAUCUGGUCUGAAUAACCUUGCUGGGGAUGACAGAUGGGAAGACAAACUUGUUGACUAUGUCAAGAUGGCCUGUCUACUCUGCAAGCGACAGUUCCCUAAUAAAGAAGCACUUGGCAGGCAUGUCCAGCUGUCAGACCUUCACAAGACCAACCUUGAGACCAUGAGAAAGACCAGGGGCUCAGGAGAGGGAGGUGGUGCAGGCCUCACCUCAGCCCAGUACAGGGACAGAGCUAAAGAAAGGCGACAGAAAUACGGUGAACCCAGUGUGCCAGCACCCAAUAAACUGAAGGAGCGAUACAUUGCCUCAAGGGAAGAAGUGGCUGCCUCAAAGUAUGAAGAACCAACCAAGCAAGGCAUUGGUAGUGACAACAUCGGUAAUAAACUUCUUAAAAAGAUGGGGUGGACUGACGGACAAGGUCUCGGAAAAGCUAACCAGGGUCGAACAUCAAUCAUUGAAACAGAGAGACGUGUUGCUACUGCUGGUCUAGGCCUUCAAGGCAGCACAUACAGUGUUGUGGGUGACAGUUACAAGGAUUGUGUCAAAAAGAUGAUGUUUCACAGAUACCAGGAGCUAGAUGCACAGGAGAAGAAUACAAAGAAUUAAAAGUUGCAACUCACAAGUCACAAACACUGGAUUCCACUUGUUAGUGCUUUGGAAAUAAGGAGUAGCCAUAUUUCACUGGAACACACUUAUCUUCUGUUAAAUUAAUCUACUCUAGGGACUUAUCCAAAUCGGUUUUAUCAUUACUGGAGAAUAUUUCAACAUAUUCUGACUAUUCUAAAUAAAUCAAAACUUUUCAUUCAUAAUAUUUUUCCAUGAAAUGUGUGUUUUUGUCACCUGUUAGUUUCAUGUGUUGCAUCUAAAUCUUUACAUAAUCAUUUGAAAAUCAAUUCUAUAUACAUGCUAAUUUCUGUAUUUCAAAAUCUGGUUCUUUUCUGAAGGGAAGUAUUUUCUUAUUGAACAGGGAUAUAAUAUACUUCAGCUAUUCUUUACGAUUAUGCUAGGUAUGUAGUAAAUCAAUGGCUCUGGAUGUUUGCUUCCAUGUGGGGGAAGAGUAAGUCCAUGUGAUAAACUGACUGCUUCUUGAUGAAGUUUCUCUGACAUUCUGUAUAAAAUGAUUUAGACUAAGUAAGACUUUGUUUGUAUGUUAAUAGAUAUUAAAUGUACAAUAAACAUG